UCAAAAGCAGUCUCAAAGUGUGUGAGAGCAGCCCUUCCUCUGCUGUGUGCACGUUGCAGUGGUGCAACAAUAGCCAGCUGCGGACUGGUAGUAUGUACAUUCAGCCGCUGGGUGUCUGCGCUCUGGCUCUAGUGAGGGAGGUCUGUCCGUGGUUUCCGGAAGAGAGGGUGUGACACAUGGGACACACACACAUACACACACACACACACACACACACACACACACACACACACAUCUCAGGUCAGCCACAGCUGAUCCUCAGAAACACUUAUCGCACAGAAGCGUGUACGGAUCCUCUGUGUUAACGAUCGGCUGUGAGUAGAGUGAAUCAAACAGGCACCGCGCGUGCAUCCAAACGGGACAUCCCUCUCCCUUUGACUUAACACGCCUGACUACUCCUUUGGCUGUGGUGGAACGCUGUGACCGGAGGCUGGCCCAUCUCACGUUGAUGCUGGUGGGCGCUCCCCAGGACUCUCCCUGCAACCUGCUCCUGCACCACUGCCACCUCCCCGCCCACCAUGGCUAUGAGCAGUGACCCUGGCCGUGAGAUGCUGGACCCCGACUCUGACAAACAGACCAGCAGUCUCACAGACAACAUGGCUGCCUUGACGACGGAGGACUCCAGCGGCUCUGCAUCCAGCGGCUCUGCAUCCAACGGCGUGAGGAAUGGCGGGGCUCAGCAGGACGCGGCUCAGGCCAAGAAGACUCGUGCACUGCGGCCUCACCUGACUGGGAGGAAGUUGUCGCUGCAGGAGAGAGGCACUUACCUGUCAGGCUCUGGAGGAGGAUACACGCACAUAUCCCCUCGUGUGGCUCGCAGGCCCACCGUGGAGUCUAAGCGUGUGUCCAUCUCAGACGCUCAGGACUGUAUCCAGUUGAACCAGUAUAAACUGAAGAGUGAGAUUGGAAAGGGCUCCUACGGUGUAGUCAAACUUGCCUACAAUGAGGAUGAUGACAAACAUUAUGCCAUGAAGCUGGUGUCUAAGAAGAAGUUGAUGAAGCAGUGUGGUUUUCCACGUCGCCCACCCCCAAGAGGACCCAAAGCGGCCCAAGGAGAGCAGCCCAAAAUCUUAGGACCCCUGGAGAGGGUCUACCAAGAGAUUGCCAUCCUUAAAAAACUGGACCAUGUCAACAUUGUCAAGCUGGUGGAGGUGCUGGAUGAUCCAGCGGAGGACAACCUUCACAUGGUGUUUGAGCUGAUGCCUAAGGGUCCAGUGAUGGAAGUGCCCUCAGACAAUCCUUUUUCAGAGGAGCAGACGAGGUUAUACUUCAGAGACAUCAUCCUGGGCAUUGAGUACCUGCACUACCAGAAGAUUGUCCACCGGGACAUCAAGCCUUCUAACUUGCUUCUGGGGGACGAUGGCCAUGUGAAGAUAGCAGACUUUGGGGUCAGCAACCAGUUUGAGGGCAACGAUGCUUUGCUGUCCAGCACUGCUGGCACUCCUGCAUUUAUGGCACCAGAGACCCUUUCAGACACACGAAAGAGCUUCAGUGGAAAAGCGCUGGACGUGUGGGCCAUGGGAGUUACUCUCUACUGUUUCGUCUUCGGGAAGUGCCCCUUUAUUGACGAGUACAUAUUGGCUUUGCACAAUAAGAUAAGGACCAAGCUUGUGGAUUUCCCAGAAACACCAAAGAUCAGUGAAGAGCUGCAGACUCUGAUCUUGCGUAUGCUGGACAAGAACCCAGACACCAGGAUCACCAUGCCUGAAAUCAAGAUGGACCAGUGGGUGACCCAGAGAGGCACUGAUCCUUUACCCCUGGAGGAGGAGCACUGCUCUGUGGUGGAGGUGACAGAAGAGGAAAUCAAGAAUUCAGUCAAGUUUGUUCCCAGCCUCUCUGCAGUGAUUUUGGUAAGAGCCAUGCUGAGGAAGCGCUCCUUCGGUAACCCCUUUGAGUGCCCGAGCAGGAGAGAGGAGAGGUCCAUGUCUGCACCUGGCAGCCUGCUCAUGGACUCGUGGCCCUUCCGGCCCACUUUUAAACUUCACCCCUCUCUCAGAAAGAGCAGCACAGGGGACGGGCCCAGAGAAGGAGAGCUGGAGGACCUGCAUGAAGACGAGCCCUCCUCUUGAGUCUUAAUGACGCUCCUCCCGUCAACAGAGCUUUGUCUUAAACUCCAUCCUCUUUCCAUUCCUUUGCUUGAACCACAGUGUGCCCACCCCUUCAUCCUUCAAAUCAGUGACACACUACAGGCGUAUCACUCUAUACACUGGAGAGACACUGCUGUAUCACUUGCGUUUACAUUCAGACUUGUAAGCUCGGGCUUGCUUUGUUUUUUGUCUUCCUUCUUCAGCCUCAGAGUUUCCUUCUUGAUCCCAAUCCCCCACAAUUUCCUUCUCUAAUGUGGAGUCUCUGGGCACUAAUGAUCUACAAUGUUGCUUGUUUUAACUGCUCAUUGUUGUGACUGGCAUCAGUGAACCAAUAAGAGGAACUCUGCUGAAUUUCUGGAUCAUUAACAGUUUAAAUUAUUGUUGCAGAAGAACGGCAUGAACAUGUUUGUCAGCUGGCAUUACACUGUAAUGUGGGGGG